AUGGAUGUUUCCAACAACUCUUCUGUGGACGAUGUUGAGAAACAUGCCAACAUCGGCCGCACCUAUCUGAGCAAUGAAUCUGUGAGCAGCUUCAGUUGGAACGACGUCUCGGUGACAGUCAAAGACCGCCACACAAAGCAGCCGUUUAAGAUCUUGUCAGAUGUUCGUGGCCAUGUUAAGGCUGGCGAGAUGUUGGCACUCAUGGGCCCAAGUGGUUCUGGAAAGACGACACUUCUCAAUGUCCUCGCACACCGUGAAGCAACCAUCGGUGCCUCAGUGUCAGGGGUUACAUACGUUAAUGGCGCGCCAUCAGACACAAAGGACUUCCGCAAGCUGUCCAGCUUCGUCGAGCAGGAGGACGCACUCGUGGGGUCGCUCACCGUCCAAGAAACGCUGGAUUUUGCCGCCCGGCUCGCCCUUCCUCGAUCGAUAUCGAAAACGGAACGAAUUGCACGAAUCAAGUCCUUGCUCGAAUCAUUUGGUCUACGCGAGCAGGCCGGUACUCUAAUUGGCACACCCAUUCGGAAGGGUGUGUCUGGUGGGCAGAAACGCAGGGUCAGCGUGGCUAGCCAUUUGAUUACCAGUCCGAAGAUACUCUUCCUAGAUGAGCCGACAAGCGGACUUGAUUCUGCUGCGAGCUACGAGGUCAUGAACUUUGUGCGUGUCACUGCGAAGAAAUUCAAGAUAUUGGUUAUCGCGUCUAUUCAUCAGCCUUCCACGACCACAUUCCAGCUUUUUGACCAGCUUUUACUUCUGUCGCGCGGCAAGACUGCAUACAAUGGACCAGUGGCGGGCAUUCAUGACUAUUUCGCAAGCACUGGCUACGAGAUGCCUACCUACAUCAAUCCCGCCGAGUACAUCAUACAAAUAGUCAACAUCGACUUCUCACAGAAUCAAGCCGAAGCUGUCGAUAGACUUGACCAGCUGCACACAUCUUGGAAUGCUUCUCAGCAAGCUGCAACCCUUCAAGCUAGCCUUGACCAGACCACACAAGCCGGCGCAGGCCUGAGUCUCGACCACGCCCAUCUCUCCGCGAACCCCUACCUCAUACCUCUCACACUAAUGCACCGCUCAUUCAUCAAGUCCUACCGCGACAUUGUAGCAUACGGUAUUCGUAUAGCGAUGUAUGUUUGCCUCGCCAUCCUAAUGGGCACGGUCUGGCUCCGCCUCUCCCCCACCCAAGACAACAUCACAGCCUUCACCAACGCCAUCUUCUUCGGCGGCGCAUUCAUGUCCUUCAUGGCCGUAGCCUACAUCCCCGCCUACCUCGAGGACCUCUCCCUGUACACAAAAGAGCGCCUCAACGGCCUCUACGGCCCCACAGCCUUCAUGCUAGCAAACUUCCUCGUCGGCAUCCCCUACCUGUUCCUCAUCACGAUCCUGUUCUCGGUCAUCGCAUACUGGCUGGGUAACUUCCGUCCUGGCACCGACGCCUUCUUCACAUGGGUCAUGUGGCUGUUUCUCGACCUGCUCGCCGCCGAGUCCCUCGUUGUGCUCCUCUCCAGCUUGAUUCCCAUCUUCGUCGUUGCGCUCGCGGCGACGGCGUUCGCGAACGGACUGUGGAUGUGCGUCAAUGGAUUCAUGGUCGAGCCGCAGACGCUCAAUGUGUUCUGGAGGUAUGUGUUCCACUACAUUGAUUAUCAGGCGUAUGUGUUCCGUGGCAUGAUGGUCAAUGAGUUCGGGAAGAGAAACUAUGCGUGCGAGGUUGUGGAGGGCGCGUGUCAGUGCAUGUACCCAAGUAAACUGCAAGACCAGUGUAUGAUUGAGGGGACGGCGGUGCUGGAGAGGUAUGGUUUUAAUACUGAGAAUAUGGGCAAGUAUGUGGGGUACAUGUUGGUUAUUAUCUUCGGAUAUCGGUUGCUGGGAUGGGUGGUGUUGUAUGCGAGGAAGCACUGA